AUGGUUAACGUGGUACUCGGCUCCCAAUGGGGCGACGAAGGUAAAGGUAAACUUGUGGAUUUGCUAGUGGGAAAAUACGAUAUUGUCGCCCGUAGUGCAGGAGGUAACAACGCAGGACACACAAUCGUGGUAAAAGGUGUGAAAUAUGACUUCCACAUGCUUCCUUCGGGCUUGGUGAAUCCAAACUGUCAAAACUUGAUCGGAAACGGUGUGGUAAUGCAUAUCCCAUCGUUUUUCCAGGAAUUGGAGCAACUGGAGGCUAAGGGCCUGAAAGAUGCACGCUCAAGACUCUUUGUUUCUUCAAGAGCUCAUCUGGUGUUCGAUUUCCACCAACGUACCGAUAAGCUCAGAGAAGCAGAGCUUUCGGGCAAGUCCAAAGACGGCAAAAACAUCGGUACCACCGGAAAAGGUAUCGGUCCCACUUAUGCCACCAAAGCUUCCAGAUCCGGUCUCAGAGUGCACCAUUUGGUCAACGAUGAACCAGAGGCCUGGGACGAGUUUGUGGCCAAAUACAAGCGUCUCGUGGAAACAAGACAGCAGCGUUACGGUCCGUUUGACUACGAUGCCGAAGGCGAAUUGCAACGCUUCAAACAGUACCGUGAACAGCUAAAACCCUUUGUGGUCGACUCUGUCGUGUUCAUGAACGAUGCCAUGCGUGCCAACAAAAAAAUCUUGGUCGAAGGUGCCAACGCUCUUAUGUUGGACAUCGAUUUUGGUACUUACCCAUUCGUCACAUCUUCCAACACCGGUAUUGGCGGUGUCUGCACCGGUCUAGGUCUUCCUCCCAGAGCCAUUGACGAAAUCUACGGUGUCGUGAAAGCCUACACCACAAGAGUUGGAGAAGGUCCAUUCCCCACGGAGCAGCUCAAUGAAAACGGUGAAAAAUUGCAAGAUAUUGGUGCCGAAUUUGGUGUCACCACCGGUCGUAAGCGUCGUUGCGGCUGGUUGGAUUUGGUGGUCCUCAAGUAUUCCACUUUGAUUAACGGCUACACAAGUUUGAACAUAACCAAACUAGACGUCUUGGACUCAUUCAAAGAUAUUCCAAUUGGUGUGUCUUAUUCUCUAAGAGGUAAAAAAUUGGACUUGUUCCCCGAGGACCUUAUCACACUGGGCAAGGUUGACGUUGAAUACGUUACUUUGCCAGGUUGGGAACAGGACAUCACCAAAAUCACCGAGUACAAUGAUCUUCCUGAAAAUGCCAAAAAAUACUUGAAGUACAUCGAGGACUUUGUUGGUGUUCCAAUUGAAUGGGUGGGUACUGGUCCUGCUAGAGAAAGCAUGCUCCACAAGCAGAUUAAAUAG